AUGUAUCCUCAAGUUAAACCCAAUCAUCAAGCAGACUAUCAGUUACUAGAUGAGAGGAUUAAAGCCAUUGGAGGUUUUUAUGCUUAUGGUAUGGAUGUUAAAUACUUAUGCUUAGUGCCUAAUGCGGUGCUUCUUCAUAAGUUCAAAGCACUGGACCUACCAAAAUACAAGGGUUUAAGUUGUCCAAGAAGUCAUGUCAUCAUAUAUUAUAGGAAGAUGUCAUCCUACAUUGAUAAUGAUGAGAUUCUCAUCCAUUGCUUCCAAGACAAAUUAUCUGGGGCAUCCUUGGAUUGGUAUAUGAGCUUAGAAUGCAGUAAAAUCAGAUCUUGGAAGGACUUGUCUAAAGCCUUUCUCAAGCAAUACAAGUAUAACCUGGACAUGGCUCCCAGGUUACAGCUGCAAAAUCAAGCCUGCAAGUGCGGAGAAACAUUAAAGGAAUAUGCUCAGAGAUGGCGUGAGAUGGCUUCCAAAUUUAGACUUGCACUAACAGAUAUUGAAUUGGUUGAUAUCUUCAUGAGCACACUCCAAAGUUUAUACUAUGAGAAUAUGGUUAGUAGUUUAUCGUCCAACUUUGUCGACAUAGUUACCAUUGGAGAACGUAUUGAGAAUGGACUGAAAAUAGGAAAGAUUGCUAGUGUUGAUAGCCAGACAAUGGCCAAGAAAUCUCAGGGUUUUGCUAAGAAGAAGGAGGUUGAGGCAAGUGUCGUGAUAGCCAAUGUUUGCCCUCAAGUUCAAGCACCUAUGGCUCUUAUGCCAUACUACCCUUAUUUGUACAUUGCCGCAACUCAGUAUCAGUAA